AUGAAGCACCCUUUCCAGCUCCUCCUCGCCAACUCCAAAGGAACGCACCUCUUUGUGUCCGUCAAGAACCAUUUGCAAGUCUAUGAUUUGUCCAAUGGUAACGUUGUGGGCUCGUGGUCCGAUACAGUCGACAUUUCUGUCCCAUCGAAGAAACAAGAAAAGAAGGUCGCAAGUGUAGAAGAGCUGAAAGGAGACAAGAAGCUCAAAAACAACGACGCAAAACCUGUCGCUGUUGCUAAGACACCUGUUCCUAUUCAAGGAGCCACUCCCAUCUACAAUUACAUCAGAUCAUUAAACUUAUCCAAGGAUGAAAAGUACUUGGUGGGAACUACCGACAGCGACAAGGCUGCGGUUAUUUUCGAGGUCGACUUGGCCAACAGCGAAAACUGCUUGAAGAUCAUCAAGCGUCAAAUCUUCCCCAAGCGGCCAUGUGCUGUUUCAAUCGGAGAUGACUCGGAUCUUAUUGUUGCCGACAAGUUUGGGGACGUUUAUGCCACCACGAUCGAUAGCGAGCCACCAGUGGACGAGAAGGCAUUGACUCCGAUUUUGGGCCACGUCUCGAUGUUGAGUGAUGUCAAGUUCACCCGAUUCAACGGCAAGAAGUUUAUCUUGACUGGAGACAGAGAUGAGCACAUCAGAAUCACCAACUAUCCCAAAGCGUACGUGGUGAAAAACUGGUUAUUUGGCCACCAUGAGUUUGUUUCCACCUUGCACAUUCCCUCGUAUGACCCCAGCUUGUUGAUAAGUGGUGGUGGUGACGAUUAUCUCUGCUUAUGGAAGUGGUACGACAACAAGUUACUUGCCAAGAUAGAAUUGAGAGACUUGAUCGCUCCAUACUUGACGGAAGCCCACAUGCCAGCAGAGAGAUUCUUGAAGCCUGACUCGGUCAAGGAAAUUUCCAUCACCAAGAUCUUGACCCAUUCAGUGGACGACAAGAAGAUCUUGCUUGUAUUGUGCGAAAACACCAACUGCAUCUUGACCUUCGAGAUUGCAGGCGACUUCUCCGUCAAGCACUUACAAACUUUCGUGACCAAGGACUCCAUAAUAGAUAUUUGCUUGGAAGAGACCAGUGGGAGAGUUUUCGCAUCCAUCGACAGAGAGGAAGGUGAUCUUGUGGAACUCUACGAUUUGGGUCCUGACGGCCAAUUAUCGGUGGCUUCCACAAACAUGGGCACCAAGAUCACUGAAGGAAACCACUGCCAAGUGGAGUCCCGUCAGAACUUCUAUCCAUUGUACUACAUCAACACCUUGAGAAAGAGAAGUGAACAUUAA